AGGCCCCUAGUGUCGUGCUCUCCUCGGUAGGGUAGGAAUUGGUUAGGCGGCGGCGGCGGCGGCGGCGGCAGGGGAGCAGCGGCAGUGGCGGCGACGGCGGGGAGGUGUUCGGACUGCGCAGCGUAGAAACGCCCGCAGCUUCAGAGAAGGAGUUCUUGCGGGACCAAACUAGGCAUUCUGAACCCACGCCGGGUUAGCUGGGCCGAGUCCAGGCGCUGCCGCACGUACAGUUUUGGUGGCGGUGACAGACACUGCUCUUGAGUCUCGGGGCCUAUUAGGCCGACGUCUGAGGCGCAUAUAGCAGGCUCUCGACGCAGUACUCUUCACGCGUUACAUUUCUGUCUUCCUUCCUGGGUCAGUGAUUCCCGGACCCUGGAAGAGAAGAGGGUGGCUAAUGAUUAAGGCUUUCCUUAAAGUUUCCCAUGUCUCAAUGGACUCCUGAAUAUAACAAGCUCUACACCUUAAAAGUGGAUAUGAAGAGUGAGAUUCCUUCUGAUGCACCAAAGACACAGGAGAGUCUGAAAGGGAUCCUUUUGCAUACAGAGCCCAUUGGGGCAGCCAAAAGUUUUCCUGCAGGAGUUGAGAUGAUUAAUAGUAAAGUGGGGAAUGAAUUCUCUCACCUGUGUGAUGAUACUCAAAAACAAGAGAAGGACAUGAAUGGUAACCAGCAAGAACAAGAAAAAAGUGUUGUUGUGAGGAAAAAACGGAAAAGCCAGCAGGCUGGCCCUUCCUAUGUGCAGAAUUGUGUUAAAGAAAACCAGGGAAUAUUAGGACUGAGGCAACACCUGGGAGCACCAAGUGAUGAAGAUAAUGAUUCCUCCUUUAGUGAUUGUCUUUCUUCUCCUUCAUCUAGUCUGCAUUUUGGAGAUUCUGAUACUGUGACUUCAGAUGAGGAUAAAGAAGUCUCUGUAAGACAUCCCCAGACCAUUUUGAGUGCUAAAAGUAGAAGCCAUAGUGCACGGUCUCAUAAGUGGCCUCGGACUGAGACAGAAUCUGUAUCGGGAUUGUUAAUGAAAAGACCCUGUUUACAUAGCAGUUCAUUAAGGAGACUUCCAUGCAGAAAGAGAUUUGUAAAAACUAAUUCCUCACAGAGGACACAGAAACAAAAAGAGAGGAUAUUAAUGCAGAGGAAGAAACGAGAAGUGUUAGCUCGAAGAAAAUAUGCCUUGCUACCUAGUUCUAGUAGUUCCAGUGAGAAUGACCUCAGCAGUGAAUCCUCUUCUAGCUCAUCAACUGAAGGAGAAGAAGAUUUGUUUGUUUCUGCCAGUGAAAACCACCAAAACAAUCCAGCUGUUCCCUCAGGUAAAAAUGUUUGUAAUUUAAGGUCUCGUUCAACCCUUGGACACUCCAGAUCUCAUUGGAGCCAGGGUUCAAGUUCUCAUGCAAGUCGGCCACAGGAGCCACGGAACCGCAGUAGGAUUUCUACUGUUAUACAGCCCUUGAGGCAGAAUGCAGCGGAAGUUGUGGACCUUACCGUUGAUGAAGAUGAACCUACUGUAGUACCUACCACUUCUGCAAGAAUGGAAUCACAAGCUACUAGCGCUUCCAUUAACAAUUCAAAUCCAUCUACCUCUGAGCAGGCCUCUGAUACUGCUUCAGCUGUCAGCAGUAGCCAACCUUCAACAGUGUCAGAGACUUCAGCUACUCUUACAAGCAAUAGUACCACUGGCACUUCUAUAGGAGAUGACUCAAGGAGAACUACAUCUAGUGCUGUAACGGAAACUGGCCCUCCUGCAAUGCCAAGGUUACCUUCCUGCUGUCCCCAGCACUCACCAUGUGGAGGGUCGUCACAGAAUCACCAUGCAUUAGGACAUCCUCAUACAAAUUGCUUUCAACAGCAUGGUCACCAUUUUCAACAUCAUCACCACCACCAUCAUACUUCCCACCCAGCUGUCCCAGUUUCUCCUUCCUUUAGUGAUCCUGCUUGCCCUGUGGAAAGACCUCCACAAGUACAAGCACCUUGUGGAGCAAAUAGUAGUUCUGUUACCAGCUAUCAUGAACAGCAGGCAUUGCCAGUAGACCUGAGCAACAAUGGUAUCAGAAGUCAUGGAAGUGGCGGUUUUCAUGGAGCAUCUGCAUUUGAUCCCUGCUGCCCUGUUUCCUCUUCCCGAGCUGCCAUCUUUGGCCAUCAGGCUGCUGCUGCUGCCCCAAGUCAACCAUUAUCAUCAAUAGAUGGCUAUGGAUCAAGCAUGGUUGCACAGCCCCAGCCCCAGCCCCCUCCACAGCCCUCUCUCUCAUCAUGUCGGCAUUACAUGCCACCCCCUUAUGCCUCUUUAACAAGGCCACUUCAUCAUCAGGCUUCUGCCUGCCCUCAUUCUCAUGGAAAUCCCCCUCCUCAGACUCAGCCUCCACCUCAAGUGGAUUAUGUUAUUCCUCAUCCUGUACAUGCUUUCCAUUCUCAAAUAUCUUCUCAUGCAACAUCUCAUCCUGUGGCACCCCCACCACCAACUCACUUAGCCAGUACAGCUGCACCAAUCCCUCAGCAUCUUCCUCCUACACACCAGCCAAUUUCGCACCAUAUUCCAGCCACAGCACCUCCAGCACAGAGACUGCAUCCUCAUGAAGUGAUGCAGAGGAUGGAAGUUCAAAGGAGGAGGAUGAUGCAGCAUCCAACGCGGGCACAUGAACGCCCCCCACCUCAUCCACAUAGGAUGCACCCAAACUAUGGUCAUGGGCAUCAUAUUCAUGUGCCUCAAACUAUGUCCUCACAUCCUCGACAGGCUCCAGAGAGGUCUGCCUGGGAACUGGGAAUUGAAGCUGGAGUGACUGCAGCUACUUAUACACCUGGUGCAUUGCAUCCUCACUUGGCCCAUUAUCAUGCACCUCCUCGACUUCAUCACUUACAAUUAGGAGCUCUUCCUUUAAUGGUUCCUGAUAUGGCAGGCUAUCCUCACAUCCGUUACAUUUCAUCAGGAUUGGAUGGAACAUCAUUCAGAGGUCCUUUCAGGGGCAAUUUUGAGGAACUGAUUCAUUUGGAAGAAAGAUUAGGAAAUGUCAAUCGUGGAGCAUCCCAGGGGACAAUUGAAAGAUGUACAUAUCCACAUAAAUACAAAAAGAGGAAACUGCACUGCAAACAAGAUGGGGAAGAAGGGACUGAGGAAGACACAGAGGAAAAGUGUACUAUCUGUUUGUCUAUUUUAGAGGAAGGUGAAGAUGUGAGACGUCUUCCAUGUAUGCACCUUUUCCACCAAGUGUGUGUUGACCAAUGGUUGAUUACCAAUAAGAAGUGCCCCAUAUGCAGAGUGGACAUUGAGGCCCAGCUGCCAAGUGAAAGUUGACACCAUGUUUCUGGACCGUUGCCCUCCCUCUCAUUCCCAUUUUUCCUGGUACUGCAGUCAACCAAAGAUGGCAUGACUUACCUGCGCAGAUUUGGAAGCAUUGAACUUAAGAGUGCUGGCUCUGCUAUAUGGUACAACUAAUGCUAGACCUUCAGUUUAUGUAUACAGUUGAUUUUGUUGUAUUUAUAAAAGCUUUUUUUUCCUAGAUUUGACAUUUUUCCUGUAUCAUUUUACUGUAUUUUUGCAUGGUUCCUUGUAUUGCAUUUCUUUGCACAUAUUAUGGGCUUGUGACCCUAAACUUGCAGGCAAGAUUAGCCGCUUUAGUAAGUAGAAUUUUGUGGUCUUUUUGUUUUUUACAUAGUACCAAGCCUUGAUAAUUAUGAAUUUUUUAUCCAUUACUAACCUUUAAUUUAAUCAAUCAUGUACUUUAGUUUAAUGUAUAAAGAUCCUCUAGAAAAUGAUAAUAUUGUGUAUUAAGACAUUCCUUAAUUAGGACAAAAUGGCUGCUGUGUAUUUACUAUAUGGAGUUCUGGGUUAAAUACCACCCUUAAUACUGGGAACAGAAUACAACCCAUACUAAAUCAGAUGCAGGUGGUGGUCACAUCACCAGAGUGAUCAGCAUAAAUUUUCUUGGUGUAUCCUUUUCCUUUCAACACAGUGCAGAUAAGAGUUGAAUAUUAAUAUCAUACAUUUAGACUGCUGUUCUGAUUGCAUUUAUCUUUUUCCUACAUCAUUUAGAAUUUUAUUUCCCUGAUUCAGUUUUUGCUGCUGUGAAACAGCUCUGAUGAACACUAAAUAUUAAUUUCAAUUAGCUAGAUUGUACAUACUUGCAGAUUUAACAAAAUUUUAGGGAAAUUGAAAAAGACAUGUAGAAUUUGUUGUCUUCUGCUAAGCACGAAAAGUUAAGAUAUCUGCUUAUAUUGAUUUUGUAGACACAUUAAGUUAAGAUUUGGAAUUUAAGUCUUUGGCAGGUAUCUGUGCAUCCAUAGAACUUCUAAAGGUCCCAGGAUCACUUUUAAGGGAUUUUUAUUAGUUUAAAGAUAAAUAAAGUCAGCUGAAUCUACAUGUCUCUUGUUUUAUUUCUCUCUAAACUUGAAAACAGUAAAUCUGCAGAUACUGUGAGGCACAAAUUAUACUGUCAACCUACUGUUGCUAUGGUUAUAUACUCCCACUUCAUACAUUACCAAGAGUCGAUCACUGAUUUAAAAUUUUUAAUUUCUAUAGUUAAGAUUUACUGCAUAAUAUAGAAUAUAAAGUUAAGUUAACAUACUAACAUUUCUCCUUUGGAGGAAGUUUUAAUCCACUUCAGGAUGCAUAUUAUUAUCAAGAUACUUUCAUAUACAGGAUAGCCUAAUUUUAUUUGUUUAAAUAUACUUAAUAUGCCCCAGAUUGCAAAUGCAUCCAGUCAGUAAUAUCACUGUCUGUAUGUGGAGGACAUGUUCCCAUGGAUCAUAUGUGAAGAUGUCAAUAAGCUUGCAUUAAGCCACCUGCUUUGUAAGUGGAUUGAUUAAUAAAUAACUUAUAUUUCUAUUGUC